AUGGAUCUUGCGAAAAGAGGGCGCUAUAAGUGGAUGCGUGAAAGCAAAGGUUCUUGUUCGCUUACCUAUCUAGAAGGCACUUCAGCUGUUGAUGGGUCGUAUCUUGUCGAUGCUGGUGAUCUAUGGGUAGUCAUGGACUAUUUGGAAGGAGGAAACCUGACAGAUGUUGUGGUGUAUUGCGAGCAUUAA